AUGCACGCCCUCAUCGUCCAGACCGUCUCAGUCUGUUGUCUCAUCGGCCUCGGCGCUGCGCGUCCCAUGGAGCCCCGGCCCCCUCCUGUCAGCAUAGACCCUCGAGCGCCCGGAUCAUCUGUCCGCCAUGCCUUGCCAAGCGCAACCCCCCCGAAUACCCCUGCAUCAAGCACUCUUUCCGGAGGCUUUCCCGCUGGCAGCACGAGAUUGUCCCAACCAGUCGUGGAUCCCGAGGACUACUACCACGGAUUCUUGGCCCUACUCCCGGAACUGCGCCGGGACAAUCCGGGAAGAACUUACUCCAACCUGAGACCUGCAGAAGAGUAA